AUGCAUCCAACGCUUGGUUUAUUCGCCAGUCAAUUUACAAAACGUAAACCUAUAAAAAGAGGGUUAUUGGGAGAUAUUCGAGGAAAAUAUUUAUACCCCAUCAAACAAACAAAAAUUACACCCCCACCACCACCAAAAAAACCAACGAAACCAAAAGAGGAGAAAGAAACGGUACCCUGGAGAACCCAAGCGACGUAUCAACAAUCAUUAAAAGGGUUAUAUGGAGGCAAACAUAUACAGUUUGGUAAUCAAAUAAGUGAUUUUGGUAAUAAAUCAAGAAGGACAUGGAAACCGAAUGUGCAAAGGGUUAAAUUAUAUUCCGAAGCGUUAAAUGAACAAUUAAUCAUCAAAUGCACCCCAGCCGCUCUUAAAUAUAUCGAUAGAAAAGGUGGAUUGGAUAGAUAUAUGAUGUCCAUGAAAGAUAAAGAAUUAGGUAAAAAGAUGUAUGAUUUAAAAUAUAAGAUUCAAUCCAAAAUUAUUGAAAUGGAUAAGGAACGAAAUAGGUUAUCCAGACUUGACGUUGUGAAGGAAGGGGAUGAAGGGGAAACGGGAGAGAAAAGAAUUUCCUAG